UGAUGUAAAUUGAAGGAAAUUUGCACUUUGCAAUCUACUUAAAAAGCUUUUCCUCAUUAGGCAGCAUGUCUCGGUCAAUUUUACCAAGUCAACAAAAGCUCGCUGAAAAAUUAACAGUAUUAUGUGACAGGGGCGCUGGCUUACUUACUCGUAUAUACAAUAUAAAAAAGGCAUGUGGGGAUUCCAAAAGCAAACCAUCAUUUCUAUCUGACAAGAGCUUGGAAUCGUCACUUCGAUACAUAGUACGGAAGUUUCCUAGUCUAGAUACCCGAAGCAAUAGUAAUCAACUAAAUGCUGUUUUCAGUAUUCGACAAGAGAUCAUGAAAUCUCUUAGUCUAUAUUAUUAUUCAUUCGUUGAUUUGUUGGACUUUAAAGAUCAUGUGUCGGAGUUACUGACAACUAUGGAUGCUUGCCAACUGCAGCUUGAUAUUACUACUAACUUUGAUUUGACAAAGAACUACCUAGAUCUUAUAAUAACUUACAUGUCCCUUAUGAUAUUACUUUCAAGAGUGGAAGACCGCAAAGCAGUUUUAGGCCUCUUCAACACAGCACACGAAUUUUGUCAUGGAAACAGUGACACAAGUUUCCCUCGUCUUGGUCAGUUAAUAAUGGAUUAUGAUCCUCCUCUUAAGAAGCUGUCUGAAGAAUUCAUUCCUCAUUCAAAGCUUUUAUUUCAAGCACUUAUGUCACUACAGCAAAUUUUUCCAAGACGAAAUUUAACAGUUGAAGAUUGGCGGAAAAGUCAAAUGUUGAGCCUGGUUGCAAGUCCUUCUCAAAUGCUGAAUCCUGCACAAACUGAAACGAUGCCUUGUGAAUAUUUGUCCUUGGAUGUCAUGGAAAGGUGGAUUAUUUUUGGAUUCACGCUCAUUCAUCAGUAUUUAAGCCAACCACCUGCUCAGGAACUCUAUCAAAGUGCUCUGCAUGGAGCAUGGGUUCAUACAUUAUUUCGAGAUGAAGUCUUGCAAACACACUUGUACAUACAGCAAUUCUUUGAAUCCAUUAAAGGGUAUAACAAACGUGUAGCAGAGGUAAAAGAAUGUUAUAACUAUGCUAUUCAAAAUGCGUGCCUUUUGCAUAGAGAACGGAGGAAAUUUCUCAGAACAGCAUUGAAGGAAUUGAGUUUGAUCCUUGCAGAUGAACCAGGCCUUUUCGGACCAAAAGCUUUAUUUGUGUUAAUGGGACUAUCCUUUGCUCGUGAUGAAGUACAUUGGUUACUUCGGCAUUGUGAAAAUCUUCCGCAACGGCAGGGAAGAACUCGCACGCCGCAAGCAGAAGACUUAAUAGAUCGACAACUUCCUGAACUGUUAUUCCACAUGGAGGAACUAAGAGCAUUAAUUCGCAAAUACAAUCAAGUUAUUCAACGUUAUUAUAUUCAGUACUUAGCCGGAUAUGAUGCUGUUGCCUUAAAUCUUAUGAUACAAACUGUUACUGUGAUACCAGAAGACGACUCUGACAUCCUUUCUAAAAUGUGUAGUACAAUUUCAUCUCUUAGUGUUAAACAAGUUGAAGAUAACGAGCUAUUUGACUUUCGAGGACUGCGCCUUGACUGGUUUCGAUUACAAGCCUAUUGCAGUGUUGCAAAAUAUCCUUUAAACCUCCAAGAACAUCGAGAAUUAGCAUCUUUAAUCAAUACAAUUACAUUUCAUACAAAGCUUGUGGAUUGUUUAGAUGAAAUUCUUGUAGAAACAUCAGAUUUAAGUAUAUUUUGCUUUUACAGCACUGUGUUUGAAAGUCAGUUUCAUAUGUGUCUGGAAUUUCCUGCAAUGACCCGAUAUAUCAUUGCCUUUCCUUUAAUUUGUGGUCACUUCAUGAACUGCACGCAUGAGUUGUGCCCCGAAGAGAGAAUACAUAUAGGUGACAGAAGUCUAACUCUGGUUAAUGCUUUCAUUGAUGAGAUGUGCAAAGAAUGCAAAGACAUAUUAACUACAAUAUGCGAUGAGCAAUGCAUACUAAGUGACAAGCAUGAUAUUAUAAUUCACUUAGAUAUCACUAGGGUUUUCAACAAUGUUCUUUUGCAACAAACACAGCCUCAAGAUAGCCAUGGUGAUAAGACAAUUACAUCCUUGUACACAAAUUGGUAUCUGGAAGCAUUAUUGCGAAGAGUUUCUGCUGGCCACAUAUCAUAUUCACGAAAUCAAAGAGCCUUUGUAACACUUUCAGCGGAAGGUCAAUUACCAUUUAGUGCAGAAGAGUUUAGCGACAUUAAUGAGCUCCGUGCUUUAGCUGAACUAAUAGGAUCCUAUGGCAUGAAAUAUCUUAUUGAGAGUCUUAUGUGGCACAUAGCAAGUCAAGUUACAGAACUUAAAAAACUUGUCAUAAUUAAUAAAGAUAUCUUGAUGGCACUUCGAUCAAACUACGAUAAGCCUGAAUCGAUGAAAGAACUAUUUCGAAGGUUGCAAAGACCAAAGAUGGCUCAAACGGUUGAUAAUGUUCUUCAAAGAAUGACGAUAAUAGGGGUCAUCAUAUGUUUUCGCACUUUAGCCCAAGAAGCAUUGAGUGAUGUGCUUACUGACAGAAUUCCCUUUCUUCUUAGCUCUAUUAUUGAUUUCAAACAUCAUGUUCCAAAUGGAGAUUCAAUGAUUGUGAGUGAAAUGGCUUCUGCAUCAGGUCUUCCUUGUCGUGUAGAUCCAGCAUUAGUAGCUGCUUUACGUUCUCAAAAGAGUGAGCUUGGUGAAGAUGAAUAUAGCAUAGCCUGUUUGUUGAUGGUGUUCAUAGCGGUUUCCUUACCUAAGUUAUCCCGAAAUGAAGGUUCAUAUUAUAAACCCUUUUUAGAAGGGCAUUCCAAUAACAUUCAUUGCUUGGCUCAGGCGAUAAAUGGGAUCGCUGGUGCCUUAUUCACAAUAGGCGGUCAUGGGGAUAUUGAAGACAGAUUAAAGGAGUUCUUAGCACUUGCUUCUUCUAGCUUAUUAAGAUUGGGUCAAGAAAAUGACAAAGAAGCAACACGAAACAGGGAGUCUGUUUACCUCCUACUUGAUUUAAUUGUACAAGAAUCGCCAUUUCUUACUAUGGAUUUAUUAGAAUCCUGCUUCCCAUAUGCACUGUUGAGGAAUGCAUAUCAUCAUGUUUAUAGGGUUGAAGGUGUUUGAUAAUGAAUUAACUAUUCUAUGUAAUAUUCUUAGCUUUAUAAUUUU